CGUGUCCCAAUGAUCCUAGGAGCUCUGUUGUCUGGGGCUUUAUGCCCCUGGUAGGGCCACCCAAGGCAAACUGGUCCUAGGUGAGGGAUGAGACAAAGAGCGGUUAAACAAACCUCCUAUGAUGGAAAACAAUUUUGGACGACGUUUUCCCUUGCCCGGACGCGGGUCACCGGGGCCCCACUCUGGAGCCAGGCCUGGAGGUGGGGCUCGAUGGCGAGCGCCUGGUGGCCGGGCCUGCACCCAUGGGGCUCGGCCGGGCACAGCCCGAAGAGGCAACGUGGGUCCCCCUUCCCAUGGGCUCACCACCUAUGGGAGGGGCCAAGGAGGUCGGGUGCAGUGUGAGUUGGGUGGUGGCCGAAGGCUGGGACCUUGGCGAUCCGAUCCUCGGCUACAGAAGCUGGCUCUUGGGAUGUGGAAUGUCACCUCUCUGAAGGGGAAGGAGCCUGAGCUAGUGCGCGAAGUUGAGAGGUUCCGGCUAGAUAUAGUCAGACUCACCUCGACGCACAGCUUGGACUCUGGAACCAAUCUCCUUGAGAGGGGCUGGACUCUGUACCACUCUGGAGUUGCCCCUGGUGAGAGGCGCCGAGCGGGUGUGGGUAUACUUAUUGCCCCCCGACUUGGAGCCUGUACAUUGGGGUUUACCCCGGUGGACGAGAGGGUAGCCUCCCUCCGCCUUCGGGUGGGGGGAUGGGUCCUAACUGUUGUUUGCGCGUAUGCACCGAACAGCAGUUUGGAGUAUCCACCCUUUUUGGAGUCCCUGGAGGGGGUGCUAGAGGGCAUACCUUCUGGGGACUCCCUCGUUCUGCUGGGAGACUUCAAUGCUCACAUGGGCAAUGACAGUGAGACCUGGAAGGGCGUGAUUGGGAGGAAUGCCCCCCCCCGAUCUCUCGAUUAA